AGAGCCCAAAACCCCGACCUUCAUAAUCGCUCUCGAGGACGUCCCCUCGGCUCGAAUCGGUCGAGCAGCUCGAAGCGUCCAGCUAUGGCAGCUUCGUGCUGCACAGUAGGCGCUGUGCCUUCAGUAUCACGUGAGUUUUCCAAUGGAAAGGCUUCUCUUAGUAAACCUCGGACUGCCAGAGCUCUGUGCAUUGGAGCGCAAGCACGAGCAGCUGUUGUACUGGCCAGUGGAUUCCACGUCUGUUCCGGCAAGACGUCGUCGAGAAGUGUGAAAGUCCGCGCCGAGAGGGAUCCAUUCGCUGAGUUUUCCGCAGCAUUCGUCGAGGAUGCCGAGGAGGAGGAGGAUGAGGAGGAGACUGGAGGCAUGACGGAUGAAGAACGAGACGCUAUAAUUGCCUUCGAAACUGGUGGCGUUGCUGUCGAAGAUGUUGGGGCGGACGAGUCGACCGAAGACCUCUGGGAAGAGCCCACCGACGCUCCGAAGGUUUAUCCGCCGAGAGCGAAAAAGGGAAAGGGCGAGAAGAUUGCGGAUAUGCUGACUGUCUUCAUGAGUCUUCUCGAGAGACCGUUCGGCGGUGAUGGGAGGAUGAUUGCUGCCGCCGGUGGUGCUGUCACCGAGAGGGUGGGUGAAGAAGUAGAAGCCUUGCGCGGAGUGGACGGAGUAGACGAGCAAUAUUUGUUCGAAAUUCUUAGAGUAGUCAAGCUCAUAGACAUGGACCUGCAGCUCGUCGCUGCGGCCAGGAAGGAUAAAACUCUGCUGGAAAGAUUAAUGCAAACAGCAAUUCACACCAAACAAGCCCUCGACAUAGCCAACUCCCUCUAGGUUAAUUGUACAAUUCGUUCUUUUCUCAAUAACAACGAAAAGAUUUUGAUCGCUUCUGCC